CGUAUGCAGGGGAAGUGCAGGCGAGCACAUGGCGUGUCCUUGUCCAGUGGACACAGGAAGUUGGUGCUGUUCUCGUUGCUGUUCGUUGUCGAUUUGCUGAGCAUGUUGCUGGGAUUGGGUGACAGAACUGCUUAAAUAUUGUGCGGUAGGGUUUUCCAUUUUGAAUUAAUCAUGAGCACUUAUCUGAAAGUGCCCCUCGAUAAAUAUAAGUGUGGGCAGGGAAGAUCGGCGCCGCCGUUCCCUCAGUUCACAAAACCGGAACCGAUCGGCUUCAUGAGCAUAAAUGGAGAUGCACGCGAGUAUGGGAAUGAUGCAGGUCAUCUGGGGUAUUUUUGGCGAAUACCCGAACCACCGCUUGAUUUAUCGGCAGGCAUCGACCAGGUGCAUCGUAAAGCCGUUGAUCCGGAGUACUUCGAUAUACACAUGUUUUGUAAGUUCAUACAAAAUCAUCGAGAGUUGCUGCAUCCAACUGAGUCUGGAGCUUUGAAAUUGGACGCCGAUUUUGUCACUUUCCGCGGCAUUUUGCGUCUAAUUAUGUGCCUGCCAUAUGAUAAUAAAGAGCUCUGUUUGCGAGCUACACAGCUGAAUGGCACCAUUUAUCUGUCCAAGUUGGAAACGGACGCUGAUCGUGAGGACCGUGCGAAGAUGACGCAGCACCAUUUGAAUAUGUGCUCGUGGGGGUAUAAAUUUGAGCAAUACUGUCUGUCCGCCGAGCCAAAUGUGGAGCCGACUACGAGUGUUCCAGUUAAUGAGAACGAUGAAUUUAAUUGCUUCUUUCGCACUAAAUUGGGCGGACUGCGCGUAAUAUUUGGAGCCGAAAUGGAUGGCAUAAAAAGCGACAAAAGCGUAGAUCUCAAUGAUCCGAAGGUGCUGGCUAACUUAAAGUUUGUUGAACUGAAAACCACGUCCGUAAAUAUGACACCCAAACAGUUGCGUACUUUCGAUCGUUAUAAAUCGCUCAAUUGGUGGGCUCAAUCAUUCCUAGUGGGCAUCGAGAGCAUUUUUGCGGGAUUGCGCGAUAACAAUGGCAUUGUGCAUAAUAUUCGUGAAUUUAUAGUAAGUGAUUUACCCAGGAAUAAGUAUUGGAGCCCUGCUUCCAUGAUGCUAUUCCUGCAACAUGUUCUGCAGGAGCUGAAAAUGCUCAUGGAUAUUAUCAACGAUCCCUAUGCUGUCGUGCAGUUGGACUAUAAGCCAGGAUAUUCCGGCAUUAAGUAUACUAUUAUAAGGAGAUCGGAUGAACCUCAGCGUACUCCUAAUGGGCAUAACGAGCUGAACAAAGUACAUCGGUUUAUUCCUGAUUCGUAUAGGAACCUUCUGAAUGGCACACCGCUAUCAGCCACUGCAACCAAUCUAACCAACUCCGAUUAGAUAUAAAUAGCGUAAUUCUCUUUAAGCAAAUCAGUUGUAGAAAUAUCAUAUAACCAAUAUAGACACGAUUAGUACCUAA